GCAGGUGAUCUCCGCUGAUGUUCUGGGGUGAUGGGCUGUUUGAGCUGCAUCUACUGGGACCCUAAGCCGGGGGACAUGGUUGAAAUCGAAAAAGUGCUGUACAGCCACUGGGCCGUGUACGUGGGAGAUGGAGAGGUGGUCAACCUCACAGUCUCAGCAUCUGCCAGGUACUUACCCAUCUCUAAAGGCCACAUAAGGCGCAGUAAGUUGUUGGACAUGUCGGACGGGUAUCCCUACCGCGUGAACAACUACCUGGACGACAAGUACAAGCCCCGGCCCACGGCCACCAUCGUGGAGGAGGCCAACGCCUGGGUGGGCAAGGAGCUGGACUACAACCUGCUGCUGGAGAACUGUGAAAACUUUGCCACUCUACUGCGCUACGGCCACGGAGAGUCCAGACAGGUGAAAAGAGACUUGUGUGUGUGUGGCUGCUGUACGGUUUGGGCAGCGAUCAUCAAGUGGUUCUGCAGAAGGCGUCCUAAAGACCAGUCAGCACAGGAACAAGGGAUGGUGUGAGAAAAGGAGCCCCCCCCCCCCCUCAACACACACACACACACACACACACACA